AGAGUCUGAUGAACACGAUAAAGGAGACGGCAGACAUCAGCGUUGUUCCUCCCAUUGAUGUGCUCUGGAUCAAAGGCAGAGAGGGAGGAAAUUACUACUACUCUUUUGGAGGCUGUCACAGGUGGUUACAUGCGGCCUUUGUGUCAUAUUGAAAUGUAGGAUUGCUCCCUGAGAUUGCUGUUCUGAUAUAACAGGGGAUUUGGACUCGUGUAACUUUUAAAAGAUGACUUUCGCCAUGCUGCGGCCUGUGGCGACGCAUUUAAUCUAUUCAGACUUCACUAUCACGUCCGAGGAUGAUGAAAACCGCAGCGAAAGCGACGGCAGCUCGGAGCAAAGUUACUGCGGCUCCACCGAAAAACGAAGGAGGCUUUCGCGCAAACUGGAAACGGAGUCCCCGGUGGUGGUGAAGCAGAGGAGCGCAGCUAACGCCCGGGAGAGAGGCAGGACCCAGAGCGUCAACACCGCGUUCACAGCGCUUCGAACUCUCAUACCCACCGAGCCGGUGGACAGAAAGCUCUCCAAAAUCGAAACUCUUCGACUGGCAUCCAGCUACAUUUCCCAUCUGGCCAACGUGCUUCUGCUCGGGGACGGCGGCGCGGAUGGACAGCCGUGCCUCGGCGCGGUUCAUGCGCAAGGAGAGAGCGGGGCGCAGCAGCCGCGCACCAUCUGCACCUUCUGUUUGAGCAACCAGCGGAAAGGGAUAAAGGAUGGCAAAGACUGUUUAAAAAUGAGAGGUCUGGGUCCGCUGCGAAUGAGACGCUGACUGAAGACCAGUGAAUGAUAAGCAACCUGAAAAUCCUCAAAGACUUUCUCAGGGAAGAGUCAAAGCUGGUGUUACAUAGCACACACACAACACACAGACACACAUGUACAUGCACACACACAUAUGCACACAUGCUGGAUCAAAUGAUGGAACCAAAGAG